CAACUUUGAACCCUCCACCAGCUGAGCAGGCCCCUGGGUCCAGGCAGGCCUGUCCCACUCCAGAGCCAGGAGCUGCAGCUGUCCCACAACCCAUUCCCUGGCUCAGGUCUCAGCGCCAACCUUUCCUCCUGGGUCACCUGUGCUACGCUUAACUUACAUUACACAGGAGCUGUAACAAGCAGCCCUGUAACAUCAGCCAUAUAAAGGCAAUACUCACCUACCACACUGAUCCUGGAAGUGGCGGUGAUGCCAAGGAAUUGCCCUGAAUGUAGUGCUUGUCCCAAACUUCUCCAAGCUGCGGGAUCAACCCCUCCGAGGCUCCGUGGGCCCUUGGGAUUUGCUAGGAGCAAUACAGCCAGCAGGCGGGCUGGGUGAAGCUCUCAUCCCACCCCUCCCUGUGCCCAGGAGGCCUGGGGAAAAGGCAAGGGGUGCUCCUCAGCCUGCCUGAGCAGCACAAAUGUUGGACAGAGAAAUACUCUUCACGUCCCAGCAGGCUGGGGAGGGAGUGCAGUGCCCUGGGGAGAGAGAACCCGCUCAGGGGUGAGGGAGGGGUCCCUCCUGGGGAGCUGCAGCCAUGGGGACCGAGCUGUCCCAGCGGGAUUGUGCAAACUCCCAGCUCCGGGAGCUGAACUCGCUCCGUAUCUCGGCGCUGCACUUUGCCCCCGGCUGCCGUGACCUCACGCCGGCUCCCCGGGCAGCGUUUAAAGUCCAGGCAGAGCGGUGCCGCUGCCUCCUGCCCAAGCAGCUCAUCCCCGCCGCCGCCGCUGCCCCUCGGCCUGCCCGGCUCGGGCUCGGGCCUGCAGCAUGCGGCUGCUGCUGCGGGCAGCGCUCCUGUGCCUCACCCUGCGCCUGGGGCACGGCUCCGAGGAGGCAGCGCCCGGCAGCCCCGGCCAGCAGGACUCCCAGGCAGUGUCAUCCUACUCCGACUGGGGCAUCGACACCAUCCGGGAUGGCUUUGAGACGGUGAACAGCUACUUCGACUCCUUCUUGGAACUGCUUGGGGGGAAAAACGGAGUCUGUCAGUACCGCUGUCGAUAUGGGAAGGCUCCCAUGCCACGGCCUCACUACAAACCCCAAGAACCCAACGGCUGUAGCUCCCAUUUUCUGGGGCUCAAGCUAGACUUGGGCAUCCCUGCCAUGACCAAGUGCUGUAACCAGCUGGACAUUUGUUAUGACACCUGUGGGGCCAACAAGUACCGCUGCGACGCCAAGUUCCGCUGGUGCCUCCACUCCAUCUGCUCCGACCUCAAGCGCAGCCUGGGCUUUGUCUCCAAGGUGCAAGCCUGUGAAUCCAUGGCAGACACGGUGUUCAACGCUGUCUGGACCCUGGGCUGCCGGCCCUUCAUGAACAGCCAGCGGAGCGCCUGCAUUUGCAGCGAGGAGGAGCGCGAUGAGCUGUGAGCAAGAGCAGCCACCCAGUGUCUGUGAGCCGCUGCCAGCGCCCCUCUGCAGCACAGAGACUCCUGUCAGCCCCUGGGAUGGGCACCUGGGCUGCUGCCAGCGCCCCUCUGCAGCACAGAGACUCCUGUCAGCCCCUGGGAUGGGCACCUGGGCCAAGGCACACAUCCACAGCAGCCUCGGGGCAGGGCAGGGCAGAGCCAGCCCAUGGACAGAGGGCAGCUGUGCCUGCUGCCUGCUGCAGAUGCAGUUCCACAGCCCCAGCGCCCCUUCCCAAGCCAGUUCUCUCCAAAGCAAGCAGGAUGCAGUGCUGCUUAUAAACAGGGGACUUACCUUAAAUACAUACUAUUGCCUCCCCCCACCCUGUAACUCUCUAAUUUGCAGUGCAAGGCAGUAGGUUUCUGCAAGCCCUGUGAAAUUCCCAGUCCGUGGAUAUGCUAUGUACGUUUUUGCACUGCUGGUGACAGACUGAAGAGGGGUAAUUUUCUUUCAGUACAUUGCUCACACCCAUCCCUGACACUUUCCAUCCUGUCAUUACACACUCUGACAACCCUGUGUAUUUAAAUACUUGGUGGACCCUAAACUGA